CGCUACUCAAUUCUUCCUGUGAUGGGCAUUGGUGGAUAUCUUGCAUGUGAGGUUUUUGAGGGUCCAAUCACUGGAGAAAGGUUUAUUGGGUUUCUACGUGAGCAUGUGCCAAUCAUGUGGCCAUAUCCUGGACCAUGGAGUGUCCUCCUCUUAGGCAAUUGUUCUAUCCACCACAGCAAUGAGGUCCGUUUGCUUAUUGAGGUUGAAGCA